AUGGUUAAAUUUAGGGUGAGUUUGACAGAUUCACAAAUAACCAAUAAGAGUCACUUUGUUUUGAUUAUUCACCGUGAUUUUGACAAAUUUAUGAUACCAAACAUCACUUAUAAAUAUGUUAUUUGUACAAUGCAGGUUGAGAAAAUGGCAAAUCAAAGUAGUAACGAUGGUGCACCAAAGGAGACUAGUUUCAACAACAGAAAAGAUGAACUCGAAGAGGACAAGCUUACGAGGAAAUACAAUCUUGUUGAAGAAAUGAAUUUCUUAUUUGUAAGGAUUGUAAAGGUCAUAGACUUUCCUAAUAUCCCUAACCUUUAUAUAGAAGUCAAACUUGGAAACAUGAAGGCAACAACCAUUUACUCAGAGAGCAAGUUAUCAUGGAACCAAGUAUUUGCUUUCGAAAAAGACAAAAUACAUGCCGAUAACUUAGUUGUUUUGGUGAAGGACAAGACAAUGCCUAUAAACAUGUUCAUCGGUCGUGUUCAAUUCAUUGUUGGUGAAAUUCCGACAAGGAGACCGACAGAAUCUUCAUCGGCACCUCAAUGGUAUAGGCUAGAAGAUCAAACUGGUGCAAACCUUGAUAGAGGAGCUCUCAUGUUAUCUUUAUGGUUUGGUACUCAAGCAGAUGAGUAUUUUCCUCAAGCAUGGUGUUCGGAUACAACUAGGAUAAGUAGCGACGCAAUUGCCUAUACUCGUUCCAAGGUAUAUAUGUCACCUACCCUUUGGUAUCUAAGAGUCAAUGUGAUUCAAGCUCAAGAUUUGUUACUGAGAUUUCCUCCUGAGAGUUCAGAAAUUUUUGUCCAAGCUGAUUUAGGGACCCUGCGUACGAGAACUUGUUUUUCGAAGAAUAAGAGUGCAAAACCGUUUUGGAAUGAGGAUUUGAUGUUUGUUGCACAAGAGCCUUUCAAUGAAAAACUUGUCCUAAGUAUCGUGCAACGGACACCGGCUAAUCAUGUAUGCUUAGGAACAUAUACGACUAAUUUGAAAGACGUGCAAAAGAGAACAAAUGAUAUGCCUGCAGAAAGUUUUUGGUACGACCUUGAUCAGCCUGGUAUGAUUGGGACUGCACCUUAUGCGAAGUUUGCAAGUAAGCUUAAUGCUAGGAUCUCUUUGGAUGGUGGUUAUCAUGUAUCGGACGAACCUAUCGAAUAUAGUAGUGACUAUAGGCCUUCAUCAAAACAACUUUGGAAUUCUAGUGUUGGAAUUUUAGAGGUUGGAAUCCUAAAGGCAACUGAUUUGUUGGCAAUGAAAAUGGGAGGGAGAACCGAUGCAUAUUGUGUGGCAAAAUAUGGACCGAAAUGGGUGCGAACAAGAACAAUUGUUGAUAGUCUUUCACCAAAUUGGAAUGAACAAUAUGUUUGGGAAGUGUACGAGCCAUUCACGGUCAUUACGAUAGCUGUAGUUGACAACAAUCAAUUAGAUAGUGGAAGUAGAGCUAGAGGUACAAGAGAUACCAUAAUGGCGAAGAUAAGGAUUCGUCUAUCAACACUCGAACGAAACAAACUCUAUACACAUUCUUAUCCUCUUAUAGGUUUGCACCCUUUUGGAGUUAACAAAAUGGGAGAAAUCCAUUUAGCAGUGAGAUUUUCUACUGGAGAGUUUCCUUGGUCAUUCAAUAUGUUUCGAUUUUAUUCCACCACGCCUUUGAUUCCUUCGAUGCACUUAUUAUUACCGUUGUCUCCUAAACAAUUCGAUAACUUAAGAAAUCAAGCCGCUCGUAUCAUAGAAACGAGUUUAAGCAGAGCGGAACCACCACUUGGGAGAGAGGUUGUGUCUAAUAUACUUGAUAUGAGUUCAGAUGUAUGGAGUAUGAGAAAAGGAAUAGCAAAUUAUUGCAGGAUCAUGAGUCUUACUAGUGAUUUUAUAGCAUUUUGGAAAUGGUUAGAAGACAUAAAACUUUGGAAGAAUUCAUUUGAAUCAUUUCUUUUUAUUGUUCAAUGCUUGAUUUUUGUUUUGUAUCCAGAACCAAUGUUACCUUUGGCGUGUUUCUAUUUUUUCGUAAUCGGUUUGAAUAAUUAUCGGAAAAGGCCUGGAUAUCCUUGUCACAUUGAUGCAACAUUGUCUUGUGUUGAUACUGCUACUCAAGAUGAUUUACAAGAAGAAUUUGAUUUGGUUCCAACUCAAUUCGGAGGAGAACAUUUGAGAAGACAGUAUGAUCAGUUGAGACGGAUCGGUAGGAAUGUACAAAUACAGGCUAAUCAUUUGGCUAACUUUAUAGAUAAGCUGCAAUCUUUGAGUAGUUGGAGGGAUCCAAGAGCUACACUAUUGUUUUUGGUAUACUGUGUUUUUGGUUUCCUUGUGACAUUUUUUGCUCCUUUUAAAUUUAGCAUGACCAUUUGGAUUCUCUAUUAUCUAAGGGCUCCAAGAUUUCGAAACGUUUCGAUAUUUUCUGUCGGGAACUUGUUCGACAGAAUGCCCUCCAAUGAAGCUUUUAUACUGUGA